GAGAAAGAAAGAGACAUCUUACAUCUUGAGAUUGGUCAACUUCCUGUGCUGCAUCAAAAGUGUGACAGGGGUAUAAGGGUGUCAGCAUGCUGUGGUGACAGGCACACACACACUGCUCUUCCGCUGGAUCUUCACCCUCUUUUUGAUCAUCCAACAGGUCAUUAUGCCCACCAACGCCUCCGUUGUCUGCAACAUCACCACCAACGCCUCCGUUGCCUGCAACAGCAGCAGACAACCUGACGUCUUCCAUGUGUGCAUGUACUCCUUUAUUUUCAUUCUGGGUCUCGUUUUUAAUGUCCUGGCACUGGUCUUUUUCUGCUGUCAAACCAAAUCCAGAUCGCAAACCAUUGUCUACAUGACUAACCUGGCCUUAGCAGAUGUGCUGCUCACCCUCACACUGCCCAUGAGGAUCUAUUACCAUCUAGGCUAUUGUGGCCUUCCUGACCUGCUGUGUGAAGUCCUUGGUUUGGUCCUGAAGGCCAACAUGUAUGGGAGCAUCUUCCUUCUCACGUGCAUGUGCUUUGACCGUUGCAUGGCCGUCUCCUUCCCUAUGUCAUCUCGUGUCCAGGCAGGGAGAAAGAAAGCGCCGCUGGUUUGCCUUGGAAUAUGGAUGCUCACCUUCGGGGCCAGCUUGCCCAUCUACAUUAAGCAAACAAACGUGAUCCAUGAUGAGUAUUGUUUUGACAGAUUUCCGGUCUUAGCCACAAAGCCAGUGGUGGUUGUACCCACUCUGUUUGUGGGGUUUGGGAUCCCGCUAGUAAUCAUGCUGAUCUGUUCCUGGGGUUUGGUCCGUGCUGUCCGACGAAGCUCAGUGGCCCAGACCAACCUGGUGGACAGCAGAAAGAUCCAGAGGAUGAUUGCCGCCAGCCUCUUCAUUUUCCUACUCAGCUUCCUCCCUUACCACGCCACCCUGGGUCUACUCUCUGUGUAUGGAGAAAAUACACCAUCCCCAAUGAAGGCUGCAUACCGCUACAGCCUAAUGUUGGCAUGUCUCAACUCAGUACUAGAUCCUAUUGCGUACUACUUCACCACGGACACCUUCAGGAGGAACAUAGACAUAGGUGCUGUUUGGAGGAUGUUUCCUUUGAAUAGUCAAAGUUCUGAUGUGAACAACAGGAGCAAUAUGCAUAACAGCUAAAAGACUGCUGGAGAACCACCCAACAGACACUGCCAUCCAACAAACUCCAAGGCCGACUGUCAACAGCACAACCACUUUUAACAUUAAGUUGGCAGAUUUCAUGUUUCCAAUGAACAUAUUCCGCCUGCAAUCUUCUGCAGUUUGUAGGGUUCAGUUUGAGGUAUACUGUUUAACCCAGACAGCGAUUAAAUAUGUAACCCUCCCUCAAAAGAACCAUUCCAUACUUCACCACAGUCCAUGGCGGUGCCACCACACAAAAACGUCCGCCCUCUGGAGUGUCCACAAGCCAAAAUAUUGAUUUAGCCGAACAACUAUGUAUUGUUAAAUAUUAAUUUUGAUUGUUUUUGUACAAUUAUACAUGUAUUUUCUAUGGUAGAUGCAUUUUUCAAGUCCAUCUGGAAAAGCGUUAAAGGUAUUGUGGAGGAUUUUCUUUUUCCGGGUGGAUCAUCAAGACUAUUGGUCCUCCUAGUUGUCAAUCAUUCUGGCGCUAUGUUUA